CCAAAGAUGGAGCCCGGAGAAGAGAAGGGCCCAGGCAGCGAGCUGGUGCUGGCGGUUCUCAACCGUCCCGCCUGGCUUCGCUGUACCGCGGUGGGCGUGCCUCCACCAUCGGUGCGCUGGCUGCGGGCGGGCCGCCUGCUCAGUCCACGAGGGGACCCGUUCGUGCAGCCAUCCGCCGACGGACGCCGGCUGCAGCUGCGGCGCGCAAGACUGCGUGACGCUGGCAACUACAGUUGCAUUGCAACCAACGAGGCUGGGAAACUGGAGAAGAAUUUCACAGUCGAAGUCCAAGUGCCUCCCCAGAUCAGCUCGCUGCCGACGUCCGGCGGCGAGGAAUCCGCGCAUGACGCAUCCGAGAGCGUGCACGUGGUGGCAAACGAGACGCUAACCCUCCAGUGCCAGGUCACGGCACAGCCGGUAGCCACCAUAGUAUGGAUGAAGGAGAGCACACCUCUCAAGGCCGACGGGCUCCGCCGUCAGGUUUCGUCAGACUCGGAGACGCUGACAAUCGACAACGUUGAAGUAUCUGACCGCGGGAAGUACACCUGCGUCGCCACUAACGACGCUGGAACAGACGAGAAAGACUUUCACGUGAGCGUUCUCGUGCCGCCAACGAUAGCAGGCCCCGCAUCUGUGGACGUCGACACUGUGGAGAACCGGCACGUCUCGCUUGAGUGCAGCGUUGAAUCUCUGCCGUGGGCCACGGUGUACUGGACUAAAAAUAGCCUGCCUUACCUCGUACAAAACGCGGACAGCGAAGUUACCGCGAAAUAUGGACCUCGGGUGCUCUCGUUUCCAGCGAUCCAAUCAUCGGAUCGCGGCACCUACUCCUGCAUCGCUGAAAACGAAGCCGGCCUGGCGGAGAAGGCGUUCCGCAUUGAGGUUCAAGUGCCUCCGAGGAUUCAGGUGCCCGAGGCGACUGUUUCCGUCGUCGAGCAUUCGCCCAUCAAGCUGCGGUGCAUUGCGUCAGGCGAGCCACAGCCAUCGGUCGUUUGGAUGCGCGACGACAUCCCACUGGACAAGAGGGACAGCAAGGAUGUAGCCUUCGCGGAGAACGGCCAGAUUCUGCAGAUUCCGAACGCGACCCUCGCUCAUUCGGGAAGGUACAGCUGCGUGGCCAGAAACGCAGCCGGCAUGGCCGAAGAACAACUGAUGCUCACGGUUCUCGCGCCACCACGCAUCGCGAAGCUGCCUUCCCCCGCACCCGUGGUGCUCGGUCGGCCGGCUCGCCUCGAGUGCCGCGUGGAGCAGGGAAAUCCCCGAUCGACCGUCGAGUGGACCAAGGACGGUGAGCUGCUGGACGAGCGCCAGCCGCUGCUGCAGAUCGCCGACGGCGGAGAGGUGGUGCACGUUGUACGCGCCACGGAGGACACGGAAGGCGCUUAUGCCUGCCGCGCCACGAACGCUGCCGGGUCUGACGAGCACACGCUCUUCCUCAGCGUGCUCGUGCCGCCGCGCCUAGUGGCCGACAAGAAGCAGCGCGUCUGGCGCCUGUCCCAGGGAAGCGACGUUCAGAUGGAGUGCUUCGUGUUCGGGCGCCCAACUCCUCGCAUCAUCUGGUACAAGGACAACCAGGAAGUGACGGAGAAGCCGGGCCGCGUGAGCCUGCUGCAGGAUGGCCAGACUCUGUACGUGACGCGGGUCUCGAGGCACGAGGCUGGCCGCUACGCAUGUGCGGCAGAGAACGUCGCCGGAAACGUCACCGCACAGUUCGAGGUGCACGUCCACAGUCCCCCCGAGAUUGAAGGAGACUCGGCUGAGACCGAGUCGUUGAGCGCCCAACUGGGAGUGUCGCUGGAGUUGACCUGCGUUUCCACGGGAGAUCCUGAGCCAGUGGUCGCUUGGGUCCGUGAGGGUGUCGCGUCACAGCAGCUUUUCUUGACAGCCCCGUCUUCCGGUGUUCCCACUGCCUCAGAUCCCUUGAUCAGGGUCCACGGUCAUGGACCGCGCACCACGCUCGAAUUUAAGCGCGUGCGAGCCUCAGACGCCGGCAAUUACACGUGCGUUGCCACCAGUUCAGCAGGAGUUGCGCAGAAGCGCUUCCUCAUCGACGUGUCCGUGCCAGCAUCCAUAACGAAGCCCAGCGAAAAAGGCCGCGAACUGAGCGUCGCCCUAGGAGAGAGUACGACGCUCGAGUGCCGAGUCACCGGUUCCCCUGAGCCCUCGCUUCGCUGGAUGAAAGAUGGCGCACCGCUCUUCGCCAACGAUCUCCAAGAGUCGCGCUUUACUUUCCUCUCAGGCGGACAAAGUUUACUGGUACAAGUUGCUACGGCUUCCGACGCUGGCGUCUACGAGUGUGAAGCGUCUAAUCCUGGAGGCAGCGACGAGCUUCAAUAUGUUCUGUCUGUCAUUGAGCCACCGGACUUCGGUGCCAAGACGGGUACCACCGACGUGCUGAUGGCGAGACAGGGCGACGACGUGGUCGUCCGCUGUCCGUUCCUCACCAAGGACGGGCAGCAGCGUUCGGCGGUGUCCACCACCUGGCGCCUGGAUGGCCGCUCCCUGGCGCCGGACAGGCUUCCCGCAAACCUGGCUCUGGCUGCGUCAGACGAGCUACGGGUGAGCCACGUCCAGCCCGAGGACGCUGGCUACUACACGUGCACGGCCACCAACGCGGCGGGGGAAGCCAGCUUCACCACUUUCCUGGACGUCCUGGUGCCGCCUUAUUUUGAGGAGCCAGACGCCGAGGAGAUCUACGUCGUUGAAAGCGGCAGCGUGACGCUGGAGUGUUUUCCCCGCGGAAUUCCCGAACCAGUCCUCUCCUGGUCGCUGUACGAGAACAAGCUCCCCGGUGAAGGUUCUUUCUUCAAGCUGCCGAAUGCGAGCGCAGAGGACGCGGGCCAUUACGUGUGUCAGGCAUCCAAUGACGCCGGAGUGGCCGAGAAGGACUUCAUCCUAGUUGUCCUCGUGCGCCCUGGUUUCAACCUUACGGAGUUGCGCACUGACAUCAGUGUUUUGGAAGGCGAAGAGGUGCAGCUGCCGUGCCCGGCGACCGGCCUUCCCGAGCCCCGACGCAUCUGGUACCGAGAAGGACGGCGCCGCGUCUACCCGGGCCCCUCGAUGCAACUCUCGAGCGACGGCACGCUGACCAUCACUCCUGCACGGCUUCACGACGCGGGGAGCUUCACCUGCGUGGCACUCAGCGAAGCGGGAACCGCAGAAAUCAACGUCACGCUCACUGUCUACGUCCCUCCAAGCAUCCGGCCCACAGCCGAUCCCGGUCCAGUGGUGGUGGUAAGCGGUCACCCAGCCAGGCUAGUGUGCGAGGCGAGCGGUGUGCCAGCGCCCACGGUGUCAUGGUUCAAGACGGAUGCCCACGGGCUCGCUAGGCUCCGCGUCGGAACUGGACCGUUCCUGGACUUCACCGGUGGCGUCUCGUCCGAGCACGAGGGCUGCUACGUGUGCCUCGCUGAAAAUGAGGCCGGCAGCCAGGAACGAUCAGUUGUUCUCAAUGUCAUAGCGCCACCGACCGUGGAGCGUACCGAUCCCGUUGGGGUCACCGUACAGGUGGUGGCCGGCCACAACGCGUCGCUGAGCUGCUCGGCGUCAGGCAGCCCGCGGCCGGAGAUCAAGUGGCUAAGGAACGGCGCCCCAGUACCGAAUGUUCCAGCAGAAGGUGCGCUUCGUACUCCCUACCCCGAGGCUGACCGCACGCCCAGGGUGUUUGCGUCCGGAGAAGGCGGAGGGAGCACGCUCACCAUAGUCGCAGUGGAAGUGGGCGACGCAGGACCAUAUCUGUGCGCGGCGACAAACAAGGGCGGCACGGCGGUCGUCGAGUACCACGUGGACGUGGUCGUGCCUCCGUACGUCGUGAACGGCACUUCCGAGGCAGCCAGAGACGAGGACGUUCCCGCUCACAAAGUGGUGCUCGCCCAACACCCUUUCUCUCUGACCUGCGACGCCCACGGUGUCCCGCUUCCUACCUUCACGUGGAACCGCGACGGGCUUCCGCUACCUCGAGAAUCGCUCACGUCAGUGCGGGGCAACUGGCUGCACGUCAGCUCAGCGCAGCCGCACCACGCGGGACACUACCUCUGCGAAGCCAGCAACGUCGGUGGUGUAGUGCGGAUCGCGUAUAACGUUACCGUCUGGGAGGCGCCUAAGAUAUCUGGCACCCAGACUCCAGUUCGUCUGUCCGCGGUCCUGGGUGAAGCGGCCACCCUUGAAUGUCCGGCCGUGGGAACGCCGGCUCCGGUGUUGUCCUGGACCAAAGACGGACACCCCUUGGAGGCCUUCAACUCCAGCGAAUCACUGACGCUGGACGUGACUCGAGAGGAAGACGCCGGUAUUUACGCCUGCACAGCGGUCAACAGUGCAGGAGUGGCGACGCGGGAGAUUUCGCUCACCGUACUUGUGGCGCCCAGGAUACGCAUCCGCGGGGGCAGCAGCGACGGCUUGGUCGAGGUGGUGGCCGGGAGACCAGCGCUGCUUGAGUGCAUCGCGGACGGCUUCCCUCGGCCCCGAGUCUCUUGGUCGGGACCGCCGUUCGUGGAUUUGGUGGCCUCCUCGGGCCACGAACACGGCACCUUGAGGAUUGCAAGGAUUGGGAAAGAGCACGCCGGCAAUUACAAUUGCACGGCGACGAAUGAGGCCGGCUCUGACACCUUGUCCGUGACGCUCACUGUACUCAGCGCCCCGUCGGUAGUGAAGAGCGCGGACGCCAUUGUUGUUGUGGCUGGCCAGCCGGCCAUCUUGUGGUGCAACAACACUGGCGACCCCGAGCCCCAGGUCACGUGGCACAAGGGCGACCAGAAGCUGGAAGACAAUGACCAAGCGUUCGAAAUCUUGCCUGGUGCCCUGUACAUCUACAGCGCCAACGUGACUGACAGUGGCCGCUACGUGUGCACUGUCCAGAAUCACGCCGGAUCAAGCCAGGCAGUGAGGAACCUCGACGUUUUGGAUCCUCCAGUGAUCACGAUAUUCUAUCCGGAGCAAAAGGUAGUGGUCGUUGGCGAUGAAAUUUCGCUCAUCUGUCAAGCGGAAGGGCACCCCAAGCCAGCGAUUUACUGGGAGCACAACGACGUUCUCAUCAGUGAUCGAAAUACCAGCCUUGACCAGCGGUACAUCUUCGUGGCGGGUGGAGAGCUGAAGAUACCAGUGGCCGAGAGCAGGGACGCCGGCGCGUACCGGUGCAAGGCCGAGAACCAGGCGGGCUGGGACACCCGCACAGCUACGGUCACCGUGCACGUUCCCCCACACAUUGACGACGGCGCCGACGAGGUGAGCGUCCAGAGAGGCGGCACCGCAGUGCUUCCUUGCAAAGCUCAAGGUCACCCAACUCCACUGGUCGCGUGGUCGAGAGAGGGUGAACCCGUGGACUCGCCCAGGGCUCGCCACGAAUCUAACGGAGACCUCGUCAUCGCAGCCGCUGAGCCGGAAGACAGCGGCAGCUACUUGUGUUCGGCGGAAAACGCGGCCGGCGUGAAGCUGCGGCUGAUCUCCUUCGAGGUCCUCGUACCGCCAAGCAUCAGCACGCUGCCCCGGGACCAAGAGCUGGCCGCGGGCGAGGCGCUCAGGCUGGGAUGCCGUGCUAACGGCUCGCCCGCUCCCCGCAUCACCUGGACGCACAACGAACAGCCCGUACCGGAAGGCAGGUGA